AUCACUUUUUUUUAAUUUUAAUUUGGGUCAAGCAAUUCAAAAUCACAGCAAAAUAAAAUACAAAUUCAAAAUCCAUAUCCAAUUCUCAUCUAGGGUUUUCUGAUUAAACAGGCGAAGAAGAUCCAAAUUUUGCUACAAUGGGAGGUGAAGGAGAAGAUCUAGAGCCACUCUUUGAUUAUCGUCGUGUUCAACCAGCGAAUUUCGUUUGUAUUGACGACGAUGAUGAUGAUGAUUCCUCGAAGACGCCGGUUCCGAAGAAAGCGAAAACUUCACAAACAGUUGAGAAGUUAGAUGAUGAUGUGAAAGUGAUUGAAGUGGCGGGUGAUGACGAUUGGUUGCUUCCUCCGCCAAAGGUUAUCUUCGACAAAAAUAAAGAGUCUGUUGAAGAUUCAACUAUUAAAGCAUUGAGGUCGAAGAAGAUGGAGCUUAUGUCAUUUACAAAAACUGUAGCAGAUGUGAUGCAGGAAGUGGAGGAGUCUGCUAAAAGGGAAGUUGAAGAAUCUCGCAAUCCACCUUCAGAGGUUGCUGCUCAGUUACCACCAGAGCCUACGAAUGACAGGGCCAAGAUUGUCAUUACAAUACAGGGCAAAGAUGGACAGAAGACAUUCCGGGUUUUUGCGGAUGAGAAGUUUGAGCGGGUUAUCAAACUGUAUACGGAUAAAGUUAAGCUUGACCCGCAAAAUCUUGUAUUUAUAUUUGACGGUGAUAAGAUUGAUCCGUCGACCACCCCUUCUCAACUUGACAUGGAGGAUCAUGAUAUGAUUGAAGUACACACCAAACAAAGAUGACAAACAGGCGCUUAUCGGAUUUGGUGGUGAAGCUCAAGGCGUCUGCCAAAUCUGGAAUGUCGAUCCGUUCAACCUUUUGCGUAAACCAGUGUUUUUUUGUACAUCAACAAGGGCAUGAAAGGAAUCUCUGCUAACACUGGUGUUGUAUCUGUGACCUUUCUCAUUUUAUCGGAAUUUUUUCUUUCGUUCUUUCUUUCAUCGGUUGGAUAGUAGAUUCAACAUUUUAUUUAGGAGUGUAAUAUAUAAGAUUAAACCAAACUAUUUUGAUUUUAACUAAAUCAAAGUAAUCCAAUCUGAAAAACCCAACUAAA